UUCCCCAACCUAAAACGCAAGCUUCGAAACAGCGCCAAAACAUCCCUCAUGGCGGCAACUGUCUCUUCUCCUUGGGGUAAACCCGGCGCGUGGGCUCUAGACGCGGAAGAGCACGAAUCUGAGCUCGAACAGCAACGUCACUCCGAUUCUUCCACCGAAAAGCUGGCCGAUUUCCCUUCUUUAGCCGCCGCCGCCACCACUAAGGCCAAGAAAAAGAAGGGUCAAACCGUAUCCCUCGCUGAAUUUACCAAUGGCUUGGCCAAGCCGAGCGAGCCUACACGCCUCACUCACGAGGAGGUCCUCGCGCUCCCCACCGGCCCCCGCCAACGUGCCCCCGAGGAACUGGAUCGUAAUCGGCUCGGCGGCGGGUUUAAAUCGUACGGUUCGAGCAGAUACAGUAAUUCCAACGGAGACGAUUCGUCGAGUAAUAGUAGAUGGGGAUCUUCUAGGGUUUCGAACAGAGAUUCCAAUAGAGAAAUUACUCCUUCACGCGCUGAUGAGAUUGAUAAUUGGGCGUCAGUUAAGAAAUCGAGCCCCACCGUUAAUGGAUUUGGCGGUGGAUUUGAGAGGAGAGAGAGAGGAAGCGGCGGAGGAGGGUUUUUCGAUUCGCAAUCCAAAGUUGAUGAGGUAGAUAACUGGGCCGCUAGUAAGAGUAAUAAUAGAAGCCCCAAUGGUGCACCGCCGCCUAGGAGAUUUGGUGCGGGUUUUGAUAGAAGCAGCAGUUUUGAUUCACUGCAAUCGAGGGAUUCACCUAGGGAUUUGGAUAAUUGGGGAAAGAAAAAGGAGCAGGCUGGCAGUGGUGCUGCUGGUAGUGGUGGGGCGAGGCCAAAGCUUGUUCUUCAGCCACGUACAGUUCCCGUGACGGAGGACUCGACGGUGCCCAAGCCCAAAGGCGCAAAUCCUUUCGGUGAGGCGAGACCGAGAGAGGAGGUAUUGAAGGGAAAGGGGAAAGACUGGAAGGAGAUUGAUGAGAAGCUUGAAGCUAUGAAGAUCAAAGAAGCGGUCACUGUAACGGAGAAAGAGAGAGAACGAAAGACAAGCUUCGUUAAUGGCCAUGCCCCGGCUGACAAGAGCUGGAGGAAGAGUGAACCUGUUGAAGCUGCAGCUGAUGCUGAUCAACCCCAAAGUGCUGAGAAUACGGAAAAUGGCCAUGUCGCAGAAUCCAAAGCUUAAGGGUCCAUAGGAAGUGAGAAGAUGAGCUUUAUUUGAACUGUUUUUUGGAUGUCUAAGAGUUAGAAUUGAUGAUGAGACUUUGAUAUUUAUUGUUAUUAUUGCCAAUGCAGUUAGAACAAUUUUGAUAGGGCCAUGAAUUGGUUGGCAUUGGCUUUUGCUAAAGAUGAUCUUGUUUUCUAUUGAUAGUUGCCUUAUGUUAUUAGGGUUUUCAUAGUAUUUUUUUUAUUGUUAAAGUCCUUUGUUUUCGUUCAUAUUUGUGACCGUGUUGAGAUUAUAAUUGUUUGUAUUGCUGACCAAAUAAAUCUAUGUGUUUUCUUUU